AUGGACGGAUGUACAGCGCGCUCAGAAGGUGGCAUGUCAACAUUGAAGGCUGUGGGUGAACUGAUCUGCAACCAUCCAACGACGUUUGUUGCAUACAGUGCCAUUGGCCUUGACAUGACAGACCACUACGUCAACAUAAUGGGAAUACAGAGAGAUCGGCUUACUUUGGUGGGAAGUAUGCUCGCACAUCAGCCGACAAAGAGCAUCCCUCUAUCCGAGUCCGCGGAUGCCAACUUGGCAGCUCAAGCCGAUAUUCUUUACUCGUACAAUCGCGGCAAUUACGGCUUGAUCGUCUUCAAUUCACAAGCAAAGCUUACGAAAGCAUUAGGCGAAGUGUAUAGCAAGCACGAGAAGCUCCGCAUCCAAACAGUACCAGGUUUCGUUGGGUCGUCCGGUACACUAUUGGGUAUGCUACAGUUGAUCAGUUGGUGUAUACAUGGCUUCCAACCGUUUGAGCACUUCCGAAACAAUAAGGGCCUGUGGAAUCUCAUGCUCCAGGCGCAGCACGAGAUACUGACCCUGUCGCGGUUCGGAUUAAUGGGAUGGCUGUUGUCUUGGCUGAUAGGGUCUUGGGCGACAGUAAAGAUGAUCAUGGGCCCAGUAGAUAGUGCUCUGCCGUUGCACUAUCAUAUAUUCAACGCGUUUCACCAUGGAGAGAAGGUUAUCAAGCAAGAUCUCAAGGUACUAGAAGAUUUGGUGGUUGAGGGGGUGAAGGACAUGUGA